ACAAUCGGUAACCAACAAAUUAGAGUUCUCCGCUUCAAAGUCAUGGGGGCUGAGAUGCUUCCGCCGAAGCCGAAGUCAAACCUUUCCCCUCCAUAUCUAUGUCUCCCACCCAAACAAACAAACAGACCCUCUCGCUCUCGCUCUCGCUCUCCCUCCCAUUUCCUUCUUCUUCACACAAAAACCAUGACACUCAUCUCUCUCUUCUCUUUAACCUCCCCUAAACCUCCUUUCUCUCUCUAAAUCCCUCAAGCCUCUCUCUCUCUCUCUCUCUAUAUAUAUAUAUAUAUAUUCAUAAUGGCGAUCGUAACAGGAGAUCGUUAUCUAGAAAAACUAGUCAAAUUCGUUGAAGAACAAGCCGGUUCGUUAAUUGACGGGACCCUUGUCUUAAAGCUUAACCCAGGCGGUCUCCGCUACGUCGAUUCACGACUCGAAUCACUACACGAGUUAGAGAAUUUAUUAUCCGGAGCUCCAGUUGAUUAUCUUCGCGCUUACAUUUCUGACCUCGGUGACCACCGUGCUCUCGAGCAGUUACGGCGGAUUCUCCGUUUGUUGACGGAGUUAAAGGUUGUUUCGGUUUUGCCUCCGACGACGCGUGAUCCGACGCCGGUUUGUUUGGUUCCGUUUGGGAGAUUGAGGGUUUUGGAACUUAGAGGUUGUGAUUUGUCUACGUCGGCUGCCAAAGGGUUGCUUGAAUUGAGACAUACUCUGGAGAAGAUUGUUUGUCACAAUUCUACUGAUGCAUUACGGCAUGUAUUUGCUAGUAGGAUUGUGGACAUAAAGGACUCACCGCAAUGGAAUCGGUUGUCAUUUGUAUCGUGUGCGUGUAAUCGACUGAUUUUGAUGGAUGAGUCUUUGCAACUUCUUCCUGUUGUGGAAACUCUUGAUUUGAGUCGAAAUAAGUUUGCAAAGGUGGAUAAUUUGCGGAAGUGUACCAAAUUGAAGCACUUGGAUCUUGGGUUCAAUCAUCUGAGAUCAAUUGCACCCUUUUGUGAGAUCUCCUGUCACAUUGUUAAACUUGUUUUGAGGAACAAUGCCCUAACAACAUUACAUGGGCUUGAGAAUUUGAAGUCACUUGAAGCCCUUGAUGUGUCCUAUAAUAUUAUUUCCAAUUUCUCAGAGCUGGAGUUCCUUACUGGCCUCCCAUGUUUGCGAAACUUGUGGUUGGAAGGAAAUCCUUUGUGCGGUGCUCGAUGGUAUCGGGCUCAAGUAUUCAGCUAUGUUGUUCAUCCAGAAGCAGUGAAGUUAGACGACCAAGAAAUCAGCGCAAGAGAGUUUUGGAAGAGGCAAAUCAUAAUUGCCAGGAGGCAGAAACGACCUACCAGCUUUGGAUUUUAUUCUCCUGCUAUAGGAGAUGAUGAAGGAGAUGGAAAUAUCAACAGGAAAAGGAGUAAAGUAUCUCGUCUUGCUUCAAUUUCAAAUAAAGAAGAGACCAUUUAUUUUUCCUCUGACCAAGAGUCUCCAUCUUUUGAUAAUGAGAUUCAAAGCAAAGAGGAGAAUGACAUAUCUGAUGAUGAAGCUGAAAUAGUUGAUCUGAUUAACAGAGUUGAGCUCAUGAAAAAGGAGCGUUCUACUCUUUGGUUGCGGGAAUUUAAGGACUGGAUGGAUCAUGAAUCGGAGAAUAUUGCGGAUUGCAGUACAUAUUGUGGGGUUACAUUGCAUCAUGCAAAGGAAAAUCAUCCAACAAACAAGUCAACACAGAAGGACCAUUGUGAUAGUUCUAGAGAUUCUAUGGAUGAUCUUCAAGCUUCUGGAGAUGAGACCAGUACAAAUCUCCUUGAGUCUAAUAGUUCAUUUGUUGAUACUGGUUCAUAUGGUGGGGUUGCUUUACCAGGGAUGGGGAACAUGAAUCUAAGACAGAAGCAUCAAAAGUCUUAUUUACAUGAAGGGUCUGGUAGUAUGUCUAUGCAAAGUAGAAGUUCCCACACAGGUAGCUCUACUGUCCAAGGAGUCCAUACAAUAGUUGGAAAUGGAAGCAUAUCAUUGUUGACCACUCAUUCAUCUCCUGCAUAUCCUAGGUCUCCUCCUCAUUAUGAGGAGGACAUUUUGCAACGACGCAACAACUUAGUGGAAGAAAUUUUGCAGCUAUCUGCAGAAUCCUAUUCAGUGGCAUCAUCUAACAGUAAUACUAGCUCUAGUGAUGAUGAUUUAUAUGCAUUUGGAGAUUCAUCAUAUGAAGCUGCUAAAUCACAAAAUGAAGAGUAUUUGAAUCCCAAGGCCGGAGGGAAAUUAUCUUCUAAUCCUUUGAAGGAUCAAGGACAUGGAAUCCAUCAUGUGAUGGAAAACGACAGUUAUCUAAAUGAUUCACAAACCUCAAUUUCCACAAAAUUUUUGAGUUCAAACUCCAAUGAUUUCUCUGCUGGCUCUCAUGAUGGUGAAAAUGCUCAUUUUGCCAACCAAGAGGCUGAUUUGCUGGAGAAAGGAAAAAACAAAAGGAAACCAAGAAGAAUAGUCAUUUCUUUGCUAGAGAAUAUGGUUGGCAGGAUAGGGAGACCAGAAAAAUUAAAUGGAAAUGGGGAUACUUGUGGAGCUGAUUUGGUGGAUGAGCAAGGGGAACAAAUUGUUUGUGAGAGUGAUUUUCAUGUUACUGAUAAGAAACAGCUGCACACAAAUUCUUUUACAACCCUGGAUGCUGUAAAUGUCAAUGGAUUCUCUGAUGAUUUUAUUGAGAAUUAUUUUAAUGAGAAAGUAGCAGAUUCCAGAAUUAAUGAAAGCUGUAGGAAUUAUAUGCGAUGCGAUUGCAUACUAGAGCCAGAAUCCAUGUACAGAGAAAGAGAAGUAGUUUUGUUGCUGAGCAGUGAAGACAAGCUGUAUGUACUGCUCAUUGAUGUAGCAUUUGAUGGAUCGGGAAGCAUUUUAAGUUUGCUGGGUUGGCACAGAGUUGAAGAUGUUAGAGAAGUUUUAGUUGGUAUAGGACUUCAGGUCGUGAGGGUAUACAUUGAAAGGGGAGCAACCUACCUGUUUCUAACGCGGAGCAUUGAGAAGUCAAGGCAGGUACUUGAUAUCUUGCAAGUCUCUGGACCAUGCACAACAAAUAAUAAGUGUUUGCUGAAAAGUUUGGAGCAGGUUCAGGCUGAGUUGUUUGGGCAGCAAAUAUGUCGAGGUUUGAAACUGAGCAUAUUCCAAUAUUCUAUGGUGCUUUUUAGGCACAGGAAGAACGAAGAGGACUCGUGGCUUCCCAGAUCACUGUUUGUAAGUGGGGGGCAUGUGCUUUUGUGUGUUGAAGAUCUUAAGCAGUUCAGGAGUUCCUCAGUGGAUGCAUCUUCGCCUCCAUAUUUCUUGCUUGAUUCUUGUUGCUCCAUUAGUGAUGUGUCUGAGCUGUUCAGCAUGACGCAUGAGAGGGAAAUGAUGUUAAGAAGGAAACAGACUGGUUCGAUGUCUCUUAUCUUUUCACCGCUAUCGGACUUGGCAUUUUCUCAGCAAAUUCCCACUUCGGUGAUGGGCUAUCUCUGCCUCGGGCACUUGGAUGGGUGUCUUUUUAGUUCUGCCACAAGCCAGCAGGGCCAUUCCUGGACCUUAGGAGCUCGGUGUGCUAGAGACAAUGGCUUAGAAUCAUGAGGUGGUCUGCCAAAUGAUCAUUAUGUGAACAUGCCGAACAGUCAAAGCACCAUUUUUCACCAAAUCUCGGACAAAGGGAGUGUUCAAUCUGAAUGGACAGGAUUCAAACUGAGAUGUGUAGCACUGAGCUGGUUAUCAUACGUUAAUGUGGGAGGCAUGGGUAAUGAUGGAUGCUCAAGUUUAGUCGUAAGGUGGGGGGAGCCAGAUAGUUUCAAAAGCCAUCACUGCUAAUGGACUCUACUUUGCCUCAAUCGAUGGCUUGCUGUUUCUUGGAACACCAGGAGAUCAGUUUGGAGCCUAAAAAAUAAUAAUCAUAUAGACAAAGGUGGAUGUUCGAUCGUCUCAGCUGCCAGCCCAAUCAGCAUUUGAGAAUGUCACGAGUAACAUCCCCGAGUUUUUUCAUUUAAAACAAAACAUGUACAUGAAAAUUGGGGUAUUUUAUAUAUAAAAGACAAGGUCUCUUCUGUAUAAAGGCUCACCCAAUCAAUACACCAGAUACUAAAUUUACUCUUUCCA